AAAAAAUAUAUUUUUGUUUUACCUAAAUCAUUUAAAUACGUACUAGAUAUAUAAUUAAAAUCAGAUCUGACUGUUGGUGUUUCCAAAAUUGUUUUGAUUUCUUAAAUUAAACUUUGUCACUGUUUCAUCUCCUAAAUUGAAUAAUGGAACCAUCGGAGAAUCAAUCGUAUGUAUUUUUGGGUGUAAAAGUAAAACCCGGGCCAAUUGAACGCUACAAACUUGAUAAUUUUACGCUCGAAAACAAAGUAAUAAACUUAAAAGCGGAGGCGGAGAAAAGAGUGAGAGAGCCGUCCUCUUCCUUAGAAGCAAUACACCAUGGCAAAAUUCUCCGAGAUGAUGCUACACUACAGGAUUGUGGUAUUAAAUAUGGUGAAAUGGUACAUGUUGUGAAAAAAAAGAUCCCAGUUAAGUCUCCUCCUGCACCUACAUUUUCCGAUGCUGAAUUACAACAGUUGAACACUUCAUUGAGAACUCUUGGCUGUACACCAAAUGCACCGGGCUGGACACGAGCAAUGCAGUUAUUGAAUGAUGAAGCUACACUAGCAGAAGUUGUUGAUCAAUUGCCUUCAUUAAACGAGGAUUGUGUGGCAUUAUCAAUAUUGCAUGAAGUGGAACUCCUUGCUGCAUUGGGUGCUAAUGUGGAGACAAUGAGGCGCGGUGCUGACGCUCACCCUGACUUACCUGCAGCUUUGCGACAUCUAACAAGAUUGGUGCGUUCACGUAACACUGCUUCUAAUGAAAAUGUACCAACAUCGGGUUUUGCAUAUUCACUUGAGGCUCUCUCGGAGGAUGAAGAUGUUGAAGAAGAGGAGACUGAAGAAGGCAGUGGUGAGAGGAAUACCAUUACAAGGGAACAAUUGACUGCUGCUUUACAGGCUGCAACAGAAGCAGCGUUUAGUACCAAUACCUCAAAUGCCCGAGAGAGCCGAGAGAACUUAAUCAGGAUAUUGGAUGCAGCGGCUGAUAGCAGAGGCACAGCAAGGAGUGCUAGCACUACAGAAGCCAGUACUCCCAGUGGAUCAGGUGCACCUCCUAUAAUAACUACGGAAAUGUUCAAUGAAGCAAUGACUGAGGCUAUGUCAAGAGCAGGUGAACAAAGCACAGCCGCUCCUGAGACAAGUUUCGCUACGUCAUCACAAAAUCAAGGCAAUUAUGCAACUCAAAUAAGUCACAUGCACGAAAUGGGACUCAUGGAUGAUGCUUUGAACAUCCGAGCAUUAGUCAUAUGCUCAGGUGAUGUAAAUGCUGCUAUAAACUUGGUAUUCAGUGGUGCGAUCGGUGAUGAUUAAGAUUUAAUUUUAUGAUAAUUUAAGUUGUCAUUAAUAUAAUGUAACCAUACUCAUGUUUUAUGUGUCUAAAUAAAACAUAUUUGCCUUCA